UGUGAUUCCGACAAUCAUCACCCCAACCUCACGCGCAUUAUUUCUCCACCAAUCGCAAGUUCAAGAUGGCUUGACUGCAUGAUAUAGAUCAAAACUCCCCUCAACAAUUACAAACAACGAGAUCCUCUCCCUCUCAAUUGGAUGGUGUCUCGCAGAAACUUGCUACUCUUCGGAUGUCUGGAAUCCGCCAUGCUCUCACCCAAGAGUACAAAAAGGGCCCGGAGGACCUGCACGUCCACCAUGCCCUCCCAACCAGUCCAUAAUCGACCAUCCACACGAUGCUGCUCUCCAAGCCCACCCUCCUGGCUCUAUCGCUCUUGUUCCAACAUGCCUGGUCACUCCCAUCAUCCAGCCAUGGAGCCCACCACCCACGGAGCAAAAAGUGCGUGAUCCCCUCACAAUACCGCUCCUCCCACGGAACCGCAGACGACACGCCCGCCAUCGCCCGCGCCUUCGCGCAAUGCGCAACCGACUCCACCAUCAUCUUCCAACACGGCGUCAACUACAACCUCUUCACGCCCCUCACCGCCACCAACCUCAGCAACGUCGAGAUCCGCAUGCACGGCAACCUCCACCUCCCCCAGGACAUCCCCACCGUGCAAGCCAUCGUCGCCAGCGGCACCGCCACUUGGAUCACCCUCUCCGGCCCGCGCAUCGACUGGACAGGCUCCCCCGACCCCCAAACCAGCUGGAUCAACUCCUACGGCCAAGCCUGGUGGGACGCGAACCCCCCCAACAGCAAAGGCCUACCCAACCGCCCCCACCUAAUCAGCUACACCACCUCCGACGCCUCAAUCAGCCACUUCCGCUCGCGCAAGCCCAUCGCCUGGACCAUGAAACUCCACGGGUCGGACAUCACCGUCCGCCACGCCAUAGUCGACGCCCUCUCCACCAGCUUCUCCUCCUUCCCCUUCAACACAGACGGCUUCGACGUCCAAGGCACCCACAUCAGCAUAACAAACAGCACCUUCCACAACGGCGACGACGCCAUCGCCAUCGGCUCCCCCUCCCACGACAUCCUCUUCGCCCACAACACCCUCGGCUACGAAACCCACGGCAUGAGCAUCGGCUCCCUCGGCAAAGACCCCUCCGCCCCCGCCAACAUCUCCAACCUCCUCUUCACCGACAUCACCGUCGCCGGCGGCCUCUACGCCGCCCGCUUCAAGUCCUGGUCCGGCGGCGCCGGCCUCGUCCGCAACGUCACAUGGCAGGACGUCCGCGUGCACAACGUCUCCUUCCCCAUUUUCGUCACGCAGAGUUAUACGGACCAGAACGCCGAGCGGCCCCCGCCACCGGACCCUUCCUCCGCAGUCAUGAUGGAAGAUUUCACCUGGUCUGACUUUACCGGCGAUAUCAAUACUUUCAACCCGGGGGACGGGUCUUGCGUGUCGGACCCCUGCUGGUAUGACGUCGGCUUGCCGAAUCUGAACCAUACAGAGGCGGUUAUCAUACAGUGCCAUACUGAGAGGUCUUGUCGGAAUUUCGUGACGGAGGAUAUUCGCCUGCGGCCGCAGAACCGGGAGCCGGCUGCGGUUGUUUGUUUGAAUGCGACGGCAGGGCUGAAUCCGGAUUUGGGAUUUGAUUGUAGGAAUGGGACGUUUGUUGAGACGUCUGUUUAG